AUGUAUUUCAUCUAUCUGCUCGCUGUUCUCCCUCUCACAAUAGCAACUCCCCACAAGCGCUCCAUCACCUGCCUCCAAGUCGGCUCCACAGCAACAGCCAGCUGGACCAACAGCGCCGGCCAGAAAUGCACUUUCAGCGGUAUCGUGGGAAGUAACUAUGGUACUAACCCGUCAGGCUCAGGAGACUACUCGUGUAACGGUCGAUGCGGCGCCGGAUGUUCUGGCAGCGCAUUAGGCAACGUCUACACGCAAGAUUGCUUCUCCCAUGAUAUUUGCUCAUACUUUAACAGUGCCAGUGGAGGCGCCAGGUACGUCUUCUCUUUGCCAACUGUGGGCGGCAAGCAUGCUUAA